GGCAAUACCUCUAAGCCUCCGUACAAAUGCAUCAAUCAUUCCCACCUUCCUCAUGAAUAUAUACAGAAACCUCUCUUCUCUCACUUGUCAUCCAAUGGAUAUCUCCUCUCUCCUCUUUCUUCUCUCUCUCUUCCAUCUUGUGUCAGCAAAGGUGUUCCUUGUCUUGAUGGAUGACGACCCAGUCAUCUCGUUUAAGACUUCCAAUGCCACCCUUGAGUAAUGAAGAUAUGAAAGUGUACAAGGAGAGUUUGAUAAGAAAACAUGAUUCGUUAUUGGAGUCCGUCCUCUCGGAUGUGACUUACACCAAACUCUACUCCUACAACCACCUCCUUAAUGGUUUCGCAUUCCACACCGACUCCCUUGAGGCACUAGAAAUGCUGCAAAGCACAAAAGGUGUCCGACUCAUUCAUGAAGAUUGCAAAGUAUCAAAAGCCACAACGCACACGCCAGAAUUCAUGGGAAUCCCGAUCAGUGUGUGGCCACAGUUUGGGGGAGCCCAGGAUUCCGGCAAAGGAGUGGUCAUAGGGAUGAUAGACACCGGUGUCAACCCCUCCCACCCCAGUUUCUCCACAGGCAAUACAACCUCUAAUAGUAGCAACCAUGGUCAUGAGACCACUAGUACUAGAAAGAUGAUCACUAGUGCAAGCAAUAUGAAUCAUGAAACCAGUAGUGAUAUAAGUGGAACCAACAUGAGCCAUGGUUUUAGAGGGAGGUGUGAGAUUGGAGAGGGGUUUCCUGAGAGUACAUGCAGUGGGAAGAUUGUAGGGGCACGAUAUUUUGCACGUGCGGCCAUCGCGGCUGGAGAUUUCAAUGCCACACGUGAUUAUGCCUCACCAUUUGAUGCAGAUGGCCAUGGGAGUCAUACGGCUUCAACAGCAGCUGGAAAUCAUGGUACUCCGGUGAUUGUAAGUGGGUUCAACUAUGGUGAAGCUAGUGGCAUGGCUCCUGGAGCUGGGAUUGCUGUCUACAAAGCAUUGUAUUCCUUUGGAGGUUACAUGGCCGAUGUCGUGGCUGCCGUUGAUCAGGCAGUCGAGGAUGGAGUUGAUAUAGUGAGCCUCUCUAUAGGGCCCUCGAGUGUCCCCCCCGGAUCCUCUGCCUUCCUCAAUGUUCUCGAGAUCGAGCUCCUCUUUGCUGCAAAAGCCGGUGUGAUGGUGGUUCAGGCAGCAGGAAAUGGCGGUCCCACCUCUAGUUCAAUUCUAUCCUUUAGUCCCUGGAUCACCACAGUCGCCGCCUCAAUUACCGAUCGCAAGUACAAUAAUUCCAUUGAGUUGGGCAAUGGCCAAAGGUUCCCCGGCACUGGCCUAGCACCUCCGACGCUGAGAAUGCUGCAUUUCCCAGUGGCAGCGGCAAUCGAUGUCAGUCAAAGUAACACAAGCUACAUAGCGGUUGAGAAUUGUCAGCACCCUGGAGCAUUCAUUCCUGUGCUAGCGAGGGGAAAGAUCAUCAUUUGCACCUACACUUUUGAAUUCGAGUUCGAAUCAGCGAGCAUAACGACGGUUGCCGAUACCAUGGAGAAGAUAGGAGCCGCAGGGUUCAUAAUCACUAUGGAUCCUGAUCUUGGUGCUAGCCAAGUCAAGGGCACCACUAUCACCAUGCAUGUCCCUGGGAUCAUAUUGAGCAAUAUGCAAGCAUCAGGGGCAUUGUGGGAGUACUACAAUGCAAACACUGUUCGUAGUCGCGAUGGUGGAGCCAUGUCAUUCGGUGCAACAGCGAGGAUUGGUGAUGGAAGGGAGGCAACAUUCACGGGACAAGCACCCAUCGUUGCAUCCUACUCCUCAAGAGGGCCCGACGUAAACAAUGCCCUUCUCCAAACAGCUGAUGUGCUUAAGCCAACCAUCAUGGCCCCUGGUUCCUCCAUUUGGGCAGCUUGGAGCCCCAAUAGUGAAGGAGAUCAAUAUGCUAAAGGACAAGAAUUCGCGCUCGUAUCUGGAACCAGUAUGGCUGCCCCACAUGUGGCCGGAGUGGCUGCCUUAAUCAAGCAGAAGCACCCGGACUGGAGCCCGGCCGCCAUAACCUCGGCCAUCAUGACCACAGCUACCGUUACCGACCACUCAGGGAACCCCAUACAGGCACAGAGGUCCAACCAGCUAAACACUGCCACACCAUUUGAUUUUGGAGCUGGUGCCCUGAACCCCACAAAAGCAAUAGACCCAGGCCUCAUAUUCGACACCAACUUCAAAAUGUACUUAAGGUUCUUAUGUUCAGUGCCGGGAGUGGAUGAUGACUCGGUGAGAAGAGCAGUAGGAGUGGGAUGUCCUUCUGAGGGGAAGUUUUUGUGCUCUGACCUUAACACGGCAAGCAUCACAGUAUCGAACCUCGUGGGUUCAAGAAGGGUGGUGAGGAAAGUGAAGAAUGUAGGUGCCGAGAGGGAGAGAUACAGGGUUCGAGUUCGAGAGCCCGAGGGGGUAGAAGUGGGAAUUGUGCCUACAAAGUUUGCAGUCAAUGUGAGCGCGACUAAGUCGAUCAGGAUCUUGCUCAAGGCGAUGGAGGCGACGAAUUCUUACACAUUCGGGGAGGUGGUGAUGGAGGGUGAUAAGGGCCAUGUGGUCAGGCUCCCUUUAGCUGUGUCUGUGACCAGUGCUUUGGGUUCGGGUGAGGCCUGAGACCGUGGUGUUUGGCUCCCAUUGCCAGUGAAUUAUGAAACUAUGGGAGUGUUUGGAUGAACGUUUUGUUUUUUUGUUAUUUGCCUUUUUUAUGGGAACCAAAACAAAGAAGAUAAAGAGUGAGGUUUUGUCUUUUUACCUUCCAACUUUCACCUUGUUUACUUAAACCUGUCAUCUGGCUUGUAGUGAAGUUGUGGAGUAGUGGCUUCUCUCCUUAAA